AUGAGGACGAACGGCGGAGGCCUCGACCGCGGGAGCAGCGCCAGUUGCGCGCCUUGCAACAUCAGCUACACCCUCCCCAUCAUCUCUUCCAACAAGCUCCCGGACCAGCGCUUCGUUAGCCGCGGGGCCUACGGGACGGUGUCCUCCGCGCGUCACGCAGACUGGCGAAUCCCGGUUGCUGUCAAGUCCUUGCAAGGCAGCCUGUUAGAAAGUGAGAGAGACAGUCUCUUAAAAGAAGCUGAAAUUUUACAUCAGGCAAGAUUCAGUUACAUUCUACCAAUUUUAGGAAUUUGCAAUGAACCUCAGUUUCUGGGUAUUGUGACAGAAUAUAUGCCUAAUGGAUCACUGAACCAACUUUUAUAUGAGAAAAACAUCUAUCCUGAUAUUGCUUGGUCACUCAGGUAUCGCAUUUUGUAUGAAAUCGCUUUGGGAGUAAAUUAUCUUCACAACCUGAGUCCUCCACUCAUGCACCAUGAUUUGAAGACCCAGAAUAUUUUACUUGACAGUGAGUUCCAUGUUAAGAUUGCAGAUUUUGGUUUAUCAAAGUGGCGCAUGGUGUCCAUGUCACUUUCAAAAGGGGAUAAAUCAAUAUCUGAGGGAGGGACCAUCAUUUACAUACCACCUGAAUGUUAUGAUGGCAGCAAAAUCCGCUCAAGUGUAAAGCAUGAUAUAUACAGUUAUGCCAUUAUUAUGUGGGAAGUGAUGUCAAGAAAAAAACCAUUCGAAGAUGUUAUACAUCACUUGCAAAUUAUGUUUAGCAUGUCACGAGGGAAGCGUCCAGAUGUUGGGGAAGAAACUUUGCCCCUUGAUAUUCCUUACCGAGAAUUGAUUGUGUCUUUAAUGGAAUCUGCUUGGGCACCCAAUCCAGAGGAAAGGCCAUCUUUUUCAAGGUGCUUAAUAGAUCUAGAAUCUGUGAUGAGGACCUUUGAAGAGAUACCUAUGCUUGAAGCAGUAGUAGAGAUAAAGAGGGCCAAAGCACAGUAUGAGUGGACAUGCAUUCAUUUGCCUAACAAGAUAUGCAGUAAUGAAUCAAUAUCUUUAAAUAUACCACUGAACAUUAGUAUACAAGAGAAUUCCUGUUCAUCCCAAGAUGAUCAAUCUUAUCCAUCAAGUGUUCCCCAGAAUAUAUCAAAACCAUGCAACCUCCUUUCAGAUGUUAAGGAUGAACCACACUCGCUGCUCAGUUAUGUUCCACGCUCUCAGAGUACUGAGUCUUAUGUAUCUCAACAAAGUUCUUCAUCUAACACAGAUAGUUCUAAUUCGUCAAAUUCCACACCAGGUUUGCUGCAGCUAUCGGGAGCUAAUCCAGACUUUAUAUUGAGGACUACGCAAUCACAAGAUUUCGCUGUAGCUCUUCAUUGGAUCCAAACUAAAAGAGAGGAUAUUGUCCAUCAGAUGACUGACACUUGCAUUAACCAGUGUUUAGAUGCCCUUCUUUCCAGGGAUUUAAUCAUGAAAGAGGAUUAUGAACUUGUUAACACCAAACCUACAAGGACGUCAAGAGUCAGGCAACUGCUUGAUACUACUGACAGUCAAGGAGAGGACGUCGCUAGAAUCAUAGUCCAAAAACUGAAAGAUAACAAACAGAUGGGGCUUCAGCCUUACCCAAAUAUACCUCCUGCAUCCAGGAGCACUUCUUUGCAUCUAUAAAUGUCAGGACUUGCAGUCUGGAUUCCUAUUUCUGAAGUACCUCUUUAUGUUUCUGCUGCAUGGCUAUAAACUGAGGUUCUUAGUUUGCUGGCUGAGGGAGAGGGCAUCUGGCAAAUGGAAGUAUUGCACAGUGUCCUUACCAUUUUUAAAAAGAACAACACACUUGGACUUUCCUCACUGAAUAAAUUUGUAUUUUGUGGAAUUAUUAAAUAUAUAUAUAUAUAUA